AUGAUUUUAAUGAAUAUAUUUUUAGUGAUCGAUGUUCAAUCAUCAUUAUUUAAUGAUAAUCAAAUAGCGAACAUUUCCAUGCGUGAGUGUAAAAUAUGUUUUGAAGAACUACCAGCCGAGUCUUUAUUUUGUUGUUCUUCAUCAAUAUGUUCAAAAUGUAUUUAUCAUCAUUUAACAACAAACAUAAAUGAAGCUCGUAUUCGUAUAAUAUGUCCAUCAUGUCCACAUAUUGGAAAUAUAAGAGAACGCUAUAAACGUUUGUAUGCUGAUCAAAAUCGUGAAGUACAUAUAAAACGUGUCCUCGUUGUUGUUCAAUUAAAGAAAUUGACAAACGUUUAUUUGAAGGAGUUCGAUGGAAAAUCAAGUUGUGAUCGACGACGAUUUGGUAUUAAAUUUUUAGGUUCACAUGACAGUCGAUUUUAUCCCGAUAAACCAUUAGUUCGUCAUACAGCUCGUGGAUUAGUUGUUGGUGCUGCAUCAUUAGAAAUAUCAGUAGCAGCUGUUGGAACAACAAUAGGUUCACCUACUUAUGGAACAUAUCGUUUAAUUAAACAUAUUCGUUCAAAACGAUAUGAACGUCUUCAAAGAUAUCGUAUGGAAACAAUAGCUAGACAAUGGAAUACCAGUGAUAGUCUUAUAGCUGAUGGUCAAAUUAUUGGAUCUGAUGACAUAAGAAGAGCAGCUCAAGUUAGUUUGAUGACAUAUAGAGAAGAAAUUGCUGGAAGAGAACAAAGAGAAGUAACAUCAUAUCCAACAAGACAUCCUAGUCAUUCGAAUCAAGAUGACGAUAGUUUUGAUCAUUGA